AUGGUCACGUUAACCCUGCAGAAUACCGAGUUACCAAAAUUUUGGGAUUUAGAAGUUUUAGGAAUUAAAGAUCCAAUAGAAAGAAAAAAUAAGAUCCUUCUUGAAGAAGAAACUCUAACCCAUUUCAGAGAAACCUUAGAAGUUCUAGAAGGCGGACGAUAUGAAGUAGCUUUACCUUGGUUGUCUGGACAUCCACCUGUAUAUGAUAUGUACGAUGUCGCUGAAUCCAGACUACGUUCAGUAACAAAACGUCUAUUAAAAGAAAACAUCUACGAUGUGUACGAUGAUGUUUUGAGACAGUGGCAAAGAGAAGGUAUAAUUGAAGCUGUACCGCAGGACGAAAUUUCGAAACCUGGUCAUUAUCUUCCUCACAGGCCCGUUAUCAAACCAUCAAGUGCUACAACUAAGGUUCGACCAGUCUUCGAUGCCUCCUUUAAACGACCAGGUUAUGCUUCUCUAAACGAAUGCUUGAGUGUUGGACCUAGUCUUUCGGAACAGAUUCCCCCACUUCUGUUAAGAUUUCGCACUGGUUCUAUAGGAGUGAUUGCUGAUAUAAAACAAGCUUUCUUACAAUUGAGUGUCAAACCGGAGGAUCGUGAUUUUUUAAGAUUCUUGUGGUGGAAUUUCAAAGAUCGAUCAAAAUUAGAAUUCUGGAGGCAUUGUCGAGUAGUCUUUGGAGUGACUUCGAGUCCAUUUCUCUUGAAUGCUAGUAUUCGUCACCACCUUAAUUCAAAGGAAUACCAACUUGAAUCUCUUCAGCCGAUUGUCGAGAAACUUAAAAAGGGUUUCUAUGUAGACAAUUUGACUACCAGCGUUGAGGACCAAGAAGAGUUGGUGGAGUUCAAGACUGAGACGAUGAAGAUAAUGAAUGCUGCUUCGUUUGAAUUAAGAUGUUGGGCUCACAGUGGAGAUCAGAACCAGGAACGUCAAAAUGUUCUUGGUCUCGAGUGGGAUACAAAGACUGAUGAGCUGUACUGUGUUGGUCCUGAUAUAAGUUCCGUUGAAGUUGUAUCCAAGAGAAAAUUACUUUCCGUUGUUAACAGCAUAUAUGAUCCUGUGGGUUUCACAUCUCCUGCGACACUGUUACCAAAAUUGUUACUCCAAGAGGCUUGGCGCAAUAAGUUGGACUGGGACGAACAGUUGCCUUCCGAAAUGCAGUUACGCUAUCAACGAUGGGCAAAGCAUUUAGAUCUUAUCCAGAAAUGUAGGAUCCCUCGUAGGAUAUUGCAUGGAACUUUCGAAAGGGCCAGUUUACACAUAUUUACAGAUGCAUCGGCUCAUGGGUAUGCCUGCUGUGCCUUUCUACGAUGUGGAGAAGAGGAAGAAGUGAGAGUCUCAUUAGUUUCAGCAAAGGCUAGAGUAGCUCCUCUUCAGAGACCAACAAUUCCACGAUUGGAGCUUUUAGGAGCCGCUAUUGGAGCUAGAAUUGCUUCAACAAUAUUAGAAACAUUUAAUUUGCCUUUAAAGACGUAUUUUUGGACAGAUUCCAUGAUAGUUCUGGGAUGGAUUACUAAAACAGAACCCUGGAAUACGUUUGUAGGUAACAGAGUGAAAGAAAUACGAGAACUUACAAACAUAGAAGAUUGGAGAUUUGUCCCUGGAGAUAUCAAUCCAGCAGACUUACCUUCCCGCUCAUGUGAUUGGUCUGAACUUUUACGGAGUCAAUGGUGGGAGGGUCCAAAGUGGCUUUAUGAACGUCCAGAAUUUUGGCCUUACACUGAGAUCAUUCUUCCUGACGAAGCGAUGUUAGAACGACGGAAGUCAGUAGCUGUUAAUCUAAAUAUUGAAGCAAAGGAGCAUUUUGGAAAUAGAUUUUUAUACUUUUCCAGUUAUCCAAGGAUCAUCCGCUUGACAGCCUGGGUAUUGAGAUUUUGCCAGAAUAUCAAAGUGAAUUCUUCCAAGUUGACCAAGGAGCUGUCAUACGAAGAAAUUCGAAGGGGUGAGGAAACUCUGAUACGAAUAAUACAAUCAGAAUGGCCAACUGACAUUAGGGAGAAAUACUCUCAGACAAUUCAGUUUUACGAAGAAAAUGAAAUAUUGAAAGUUCGAUCAAGGCUAAUCCUAGGGCAAGAUCCAGAAGAUUUUGUACGACCCAUAGUUUUGCCAGAUCAUCCAAUUGUCAGAAGACUUAUAGAAUAUACUCAUAAGUCACUUCACCAUGCAGGCGUACAAACUACCUUGUCUCAUCUACGUGACCGAUUUUGGAUUCCUCGGGGACGGAAAGUUGUUAGAGAAGUUUUACAGAAGUGUAUGACAUGUAAGAGGUAUACAUCAAAACCUGUAGUACCAGUUGUUCCUGCUCCUCUUCCUAUUGAUAGGAUCAAUCGUGUAGCUGCAUUUCAAGUGACUGGGGCUGAUCUGGCAGAAAACACAAAACGUUUAAAUUGGCCUUUAGGACGUAUCAUCAAACUAUAUCAAGGUAAGGAUAACAUCGAACGAGUAGUUAGAUUACGUGUGGCUAAUGGAGAAAUCAUCCGUCCAGUUCAAAGAGUCUAUCCUUUGGAAAUUAGUUCUCCUGAUAUCUCCAAAGAUAUACACGAAAAUGUGGAAGGUGCUUCUGAUAUUAUUGAUGAUGAUAUUGGAGUACCUGUUGCUUCAAAUGAAAAAUGCUGUCAAUCUGAAGCAUUCCCUCAAGAAAAAUUACAGGCUGUGAAACAAACGCGGUUUGGUCGACGAGUUGUUCCUGUGAAACGCCUGGACUUAUAG